CCGUGCUAAUUUUCCUGACCGCUUUUUGAAUUCCCUCAGAGGAAAGCACUCCAGUAACAUGAAAACAAAAGUAGAUCUUUAAAAAUAUGCAAGUUUGCUUUCCUGCUUAAUUAGCAAGUUACUUAACUUUCCUGGAUUAACACUAAUAACUUCAUCAGUACAGAAGCGUGACCCUUUAAACGUAUGUUCCUUUCCAGAUAUUGCUUCCUAAUUUUAGGGGUUUCAUGUUGCUGAAAGUAUCUGAGCAAUCAUGUGUGGAUAUUUUGUAGUCAGAAGUAUUUGACCAAGCUCCAGGAGCGGCGUUUCACGCCCUACUUUGAGCAUCGCCGGAGCCAGCUGUCGCCCUGGCUCCCUGCAACAGCGCCAGAAUCGUUCUGGCAGGAUCGCCGAAACUUCGCCUCCCUCCAACCUGGCUGAAGGCAGGCGGAAUGGAUCGCCGCGAAAUCCCCUCGGAGGCUGACAAAACUCACCAAAAUCGUCUCUCCAGUGUCAUCGAGGAGGAGGAAGAGCAAGAUGCGGCUUACACGAUUGUGACAGUCCUGGACAAAGUGGCCAACAUUGUCGACAGCGUGCAGGCGAGCCAGAAGAGGAUAGAGGAGAAGCACAGGGAGAUGGAAAAUGCCAUCAAGACCAUCCAGAUUGACAUGUUAAAGCUUGCCCAGGCUCAUGGCAAUACGGGCUUCACGGUGAACAAGUUACUGCAGAAAACCAGCAAAGUCAGCUCCACCAUGAAGGAGGUGCGGGCACGCGUGGAGAGGCAGAGCACCAGCGUGCGGAAGGUGGCAGCAAAACAGGAGGAGAUGCUGAGAAAAAACAAAUUCCGGGUCGUGAUCUAUCAGGAGGAAACCGAGUGUCCUUCAUCUCUCUCUGUUAUCAAAGAGAUGACACCAGGUGAAACUAUAGAGGAUGAUUUCUUCCCACCUGAUGAUCUGUCUUCUGAUGAAGAAUAUUAUAUCGAAGAAAGCAAAGCAACCAAGUUCAAGAAAUCAGGCAUGAGGCGCAUUGAUGACAUCAAAAAGGCAUUUUCAAGGGAAAAUAUCCAAAAGACAAGACAAAAUUUUGGCAAGAAGGUAAACAGACUUCAAACUAGAAUAGUAACCCCUGAGAGGAGAGAGAGGAUCAGGCAGUCAGGAGAGAGACUGAGACAAUCUGGGAUAAGGAUCAAGAAAACCAUUUCACAAGCUGCUCCAACAAAGGAGACAUUCAAGAUCCAUAAAAAAAGUAAAGAGCGAACAGGAGCAGAAGGUCAGGAGGGGAUCCAGGAAGCCGGUGUACACAUCGCCUCUGAGCUCCCAGCAGCAGAGCCCUUCACCGAAGAAAUCUCUUACACAGAAGUGAUCACUAAGGUAAAGAAAGACAAGAAUAGUGCAACCAAAGGUGCUUCCCAGUCGACUGAAAUAGGGGUGACUAUCCCAGAAGUUGUCCUUAAGCAGGAAAGAAAAGAAGGAGGAGGAGGAGGUGAUGAUGACGUCCCUUUGCUAGACUUAAAGCAAUCAGUAUAAGGAGUCAAUGAGCACACACCCCAUACUGUCCUCACUGAGCAAGAGAGAACACAGUAUGUACUCAUUCAGCUUUAGAAAAAUGUGUGAAUUUGUGUUCUAUCACAAACCGUGUUGGUGUUGUUCUGCCAUCCACAUAGAUGUCUGUAGUGUUGUCUUCCUGACAAAAGUCAAGCCAUGCAAACUGAAUGAAGGGGCUCCCCCUGUGUCUCAGUGUGCCGAUAGCCAUCGUUAACCCCAAUGGAACUCACAGUGUCAAAGGGAGAUGGGAAUCUGCUGCAUUUCCAAGAGUGAUUUAGCAGUCACUUUACAGCCUACUCACUCUCAUCGUUUCGUGUACAACAGUAUAAAAUUUAUUUCCAUUAUGUUAUAUCAACUCAUCUAAUCAGAAAACAAUAACAAAGCUAUUACUUCGUAUUAGCAAAAGGAAGAACUAUGGAAAAUGUCAUUUAGCUGUACAAAUAUUAUCACUUAAGGAUCCUCGCAGAAAAAAAAAAAGCAGGAAGAGCAAAUUCCUGCUUUAUCCAUGGUAUGAAAAAACAUGGCAGGAAUUAUGGGGUUUUGAGUAAAUUGUGUUUUUCUUAGCAGAAAGGAGAAACUCCUGAAAUGACUAGAGGUUAUUUCCAGACUUCUGGAAUAGGAAGGUUCAUUGUAAGUAAGCAAUGUGUUUUGUGCAUUUAUGGAGUAAGAAUAAAAAAGAAGACACAUUAAAAAUGGAAUAGCAGAAGGAAAAAGGAAGGAGGUAUCGUACUCAUGUUUUGGAAAGAGGAGAUUGUGAAAAAGGCAAUUAUAUGAAGCAGUAAAAGUGGAAUAAGAUGAAUGCAUAGGUUCUGGAUAAAUUGAGAGAAAAAUUAGAAUACUAUAACUACAGUUUCCUUGAGAUUUUUUAGAAAAUUAUUCUUUACAGAGGAUCAUAGGUUUUAUGAAUAUAACUGACCAGACAAGGGAAUUGUUUUGUUUUCCACUCUCUGUGUUUUUUCUGAGCUUCACUGCAAUUAAAAUCUAUCCUACAAAGUCACAGAUGUACAGGGCCAAUCCAUAACCCAAUUCUUUUUUUCCUAUCAUCCUCAUUAUUGACCAGUCACAGCCUCAGGGAUUAUGAGACAGACACCCUUUGGACUAUGGAAUGCUGUUUAUUUGCAGCUCUCAGGAGCCAGUGCCCUGACAUCAGAUAUGUUUGUAAACAUGACUGCUACAGUGACAUGGGUGCAGGACUGUAUUGCUCUCUUCAUUCUUAAAUGGAGUUGCCUUCAAAGCACUUAUCUAAAGCAAUGUUAGUCAUUUACUAUCUGUGUGAAACUUGUACAAUAUUGCCAAAAGCUGUAUGAUUGUAUUUAAUAUCUCGGGUUCAUUUUAACAGAAAAGCAUAACUUGGUUAUCUAUAUACAUUGUUUGAAGACUUCUAGCUAAUUGUUAAUCUAUCAUUGAAAUAUAAUUAGUUUGAUUUCAAGUAUUCUGCCUGCCAGUUCUUUCAUUUAGAUUGGUGUACA